AUGGAUCAGUUCAUCUCAGCCUUCUUGAAGGGUGCUUCAGAAAACAAUUUCCACCAAUUAGCUAAGGAGUUUCUGCCUCAGUACUCUGCCUUAAUCAGUAAGGCAGGAGGCAUGCUCUCUCCAGACACUCUCUCUACUAUUCACAAAGCCUUCCAGGAGGGAAAACUCUCUGAUGUCAUGAGCCAUAUUCAGGAAGCAAUUAGUGCUGCAGAGAAUGCUGUCCUGGAGGUGGCUGUGAUCGGGGAGUCUGGGACUGGCAAGUCCAGUUUCAUAAAUGCCCUGCGAGGGCUGAGUCAUGAGUCUGAGGAAUCUGCUGAUGUCGGGACUGUGGAGACCACUAUGUGUAGAACCCCCUAUCAACACCCAAAAUAUCUCAAUGUGAUCUUCUGGGACCUGCCUGGGACUAGGACUCCCAAUUUCUACCCAGACACUUAUCUAGACAAAGUGGGAUUUGCUAACUGUGACUUCUUCAUCAUCAUUUCUUCUUCCCGCUUCAGCCUCAAUGAUGCUCUCCUGGCCCAGAAAAUCAAGGAUGCUGGGAAGAAGUUUUACUUUGUUAGAACCAAGGUGGACAGUGACUUAUAUAGUGAAGAGAAAACCAAACCCACAACCUUCAAGAAGGAGGAAGUCCUUCAGCGUAUUCGAGACUACUGUCUGGCUAAUCUCAACAAUAUUGGAGUGACUGAACCACACAUCUUCUUGAUCUCCAACUUUGAUCUGGAUGCUUUUGAUUUCCCAAAGCUGGAGGAGACUCUGCUGAAGGAGCUCCCUGGGCACAAGCGCCACAUGUUUGCCAUGCUCUUGCCCAAUAUCUCUGAUGCUUCCAUUGAGAUAAAGAAACAUUUUCUUCAGGAGAAGAUCUUCCUGGAGGCCUUGAAGUCAUCAGCUGUGAGCUUCAUCCCCUGGAUGACCUUUAUUAGUGGCUUUGAUUUGCCUCAACAAGAAAAGUGCUUGAAGGAGUACAGAAGCUAUUUUGGCUUGGAUGAUAAAUCGAUUGAAGAGAUUGCUGAAAAGCUGGACACACCCUUGGAAGACAUCAAGGGCCAACUCAAGUGCUUGGAUUUCUGGUCCCGUGUAAAGGAUGACAGCAUAAUAGCACAAGCUAGGAGUGCUGUCGAAGCUUUUUGUGCCUUAAAAGGAGGCCCUGCAUCUUCUGUCAUCCAGGCUUUGAAAGUCUACUGUGGGCACACACAAUUCCUUAACAUAGUGGUUGAAGAUGCUAAACAUCUCUUGAGAAAGAUGGAAACAGUAAAUGCUGCCUAG